UACGAUCUCCAGAUAAGACAGAUAGUUUUCCAGCAAUUUGAAGAUGUCUGCGAACAACAAGACGGUAGUCUUAGCAUAUAGUGGAGGUCUUGAUACGUCUUGUAUCCUGGUUUGGCUCAAAGAACAGGGGUACGAUGUUAUUGCGUUCAUGGUGAGUCGCGUUCGAUUUCGAUUUCGUUAUCAAGCUCAAGAAUUUACAAACAUAUAUCUUUUCCGGAGCUGGGAGGGUUAAUUAUUAUUUGGCUGAAUAUGAUUUGAGUUCUUUCGAAAGUAUUAAUUUGUUUUGGGAACCCUUAGUGAGUCAGUAUAUUGUAAGGUUUAUAUUCAUUCGGUCCGAACUCGAUCGAUCACGUGUAAGUUUUAGAUCUAUGCACACUGUAUACAUGUAUAUGCACGAUGCAUAAUUUUUUCCGUCUUCAGAAAUCUGUUUGCCCCAAAACUGCAAAAGCCCUUAAUAACAGCCUGUGUAACUUUUAGAGUCGGUUAAGUUACAGGCUGUGAGUGUGAUAGUAUAUUUUUUUUGAAAGUGUACGUCCUUGCAAAUUGAUAAUUGAUUAUUUUAGGCAGAUGUGGGACAAGAUGAAGACUUCGAAGAAGCUCGAGAAAAAGCGUCAAAGCUGGGAGCGACAAAGGUGCGAUCGAAGAAUUUAAGUUAAUGAAUAGAUACAAUCUUAUAAAAUGCCACGUAAUAGUUUACAAUCAUGUUAACAUAUAUUGGUUCAAUGUACUUUUAAAGCUUACUAUUUAAGCUUACGUUAAUUCUAUUUUUGUUGAGCCUUUAAUUUCACAAGAAACUAUAAAACUUAGCUGAUUUUGUCAUUUUUGAUCGCGAUGGUUACGAUAAUUAUAAGACUCAAUGAUGGCAUCGCAGACAGCUCGGAUUUACAUAAAGGUUUUCCCUUUCAGUUUAAAAUUAAACAAAGGAUGUUGAUCUUGAUUAACCAUGUGCCACUAGUAAGUGCCUGCAGCACACCAGCUUCCGCGUUAUAUAAACAUAUUUGUUGCUACGGUGAAGGAUUUUUUUUUACACACUUUUGAAGUAUGUUAGAGGUUAAUUGGACUUGAAGUGAUUCAUGUAUGCCCCACUGUGUUAUUUACAGCCAGAGAAUACAAAAUUAAUAUACAUGUACCACCCACCAAAAAUAGAUAUAGAGUGGCCGUAAUAUUGUUUUCUUUUUCAGUAAUUUUAUUAUUUUAUAGUAUAGCUUCUUUUGUUUAAUUAUAUUAGUUAACACCAAUUUUAAAGACAAUGGAGUAUGGAUCACUUAGAAUUUUUGCUUGCCUUUUACUACACAUUGUGCUUUGGCAAAGAAGGUUUAGGAAUGAGUUUAGAAAAUAAAUAGCUUUUGAAGAAAACAAGGGAUCAUUGAGGCACCUGUUAUUGGUCAGGGUUACAAAGGGGUUUUCCGUGAUGCGUGAGGGGGCCUAAAUUAUCAGUGUGAUGAUUUCCCCCAGCUACUAUGAGUGUGGCCCCCGCCUACGUAUAUAGUGGAAAAUGGAAGAAAAAUAUAACCAAAAGAAAUCCCUUACCAUUUGAUUCCCCGCCUGUAGUGUCAGGUCUCAAGGGACUUAAUGUAGGAUAAUUAGAUGCGAAAUGAGCGUUAACACUCGAGGCAAAAAGGGACUCUAUUAUUUUGCAUAUAAGACAGUGGUGAAUGGACUAGUGGGAAGACACUACACCUCUAUAGCUAGUAGCUAUAUAUAGGAGGACACUACACCCCCUACUUGUUGAAUUUACUCGGCAACUUGAAAUCUUAGUGACAACCCUGUUAUUGGCAUUUUAUUCAGUUUUUUUGGUUUGCAUCUUAUUCUUCAUGGGUCACAAUUUUGUCCCUGUCGAUAGAAGUGAAAAGAAAAAAAAAAGAACUUGGCCAUUAAUAGAUUUUGUCAGCUAAGCUUUAGUUCAUUUUUUCCAGGUAUAUAUUGAAGAUCUGAGAGAGGAAUUUGUCAAAGAGUUCAUUUUUCCUGCUGUGAAAGCAAAUGCUAUCUAUGAAGAUCGCUAUUUAAUGGGGACAGGUAACACAGUUUUAGUAUUAAUUUAUUGUUAUCCUCAAGAUUCAUUUUUUAUAUUUUGAUCAAACAGCGGCUGCGAAACAAUACCAGUAAUAUUUCGAGCAUGAAACUACUAAUAUAGCUUUCUUGGGUAACGGCUGCCCCUGAAAGAGGGUGGGGGACAUCUUUUAAUCAUUUUUUGUUAUCAGAAGCUAAAAGUGUAUACCCUUUUAUAUAUGCUGUGUAAAUUUUGGUUUAUCUACAGCCAUUGCCAGACCUUGUAUAGCCCGUCGUCAAGUUCAGAUAGCAAUUAAAGAGGGUGCUGAAUACGUCUCCCAUGGGGCCACAGGAAAGGUAUGAUGCUGUUGUUGUUUGUCAGCUUGUACCAAUGAUUUUUCACAAUACUACCAGGAAAAAUGAUUUUUAAGGCAGUUUUGUUUUCUUCAGGGUAAUGACCAAGUACGCUUUGAGAUGACAUACUAUGCACUCUAUCCAGAAGUUAAGGUGGGUACUGCUUAUUUGUAGAGUGUCUGGAAUAUAAUGUCGCCAAAAAUGUACUGUGAUGCUCAAACUCAUCAAAGUUUAUAACCUUUUGUUUUGCACAUAAAAGAAGACAAGAUAAUUACAUCAAUUACUUCUUUUAUUUUAUCCUUUGUAUUAAUAACAGGUUAUCACACCAUGGAGAUUGCCAGAGUUUUACAACAGAUUUAAAGGAAGAGUUGACCUGUUUGCUUAUGCAGAGGUAAAUGAUCUUCUUGUCUAGUCUGUUGCAGUGUUCAUGAUUAUACUAAGUUGUAUUUAUGAUAGUUUCAAUAUUAUUGAAUCUUUUCCUGAGUUGGGGGAGGGAUGCAGGAGGCUCCACCCCAGGGUCCAACCCCUUACCCUUUUUAGUUUUAUAUACCAUUAAAGACAGAAAAGGUACCCCUUUCAUAUACCUUCAAUUGACAAUCAAUAGUACCUCUUUCACAUACCUAGAUCUUUGCAUUCCUUCUAACUGCUGUAAAUGCGCUUUGAUCAUGAAGAAAUCACAAAACCGGAACAUUUUCUCAACUUUUUCACAGUCUUGAAAUAAUAAUGAUAAUGAUAAUAAUAAUAAUAAUAAUAAUAAUAAUAAUAGUAAUAAUUGGGAGGUAGCACAUCCACAAAGUAGUUCUUCAUCUACCCAAUUCCUGAUCGAAUUGGAAUUUGCAAAUGUGGGUUUUUGAGGAGAGGGGAAAACUGGAGUACCCGUAGAAAAACCUCUCGGAGCAAGGGAGAGAACCAACAACAAACUCAACCCACAUAUGGUGUUGACCCCGGAAUUUGAACCUAGGAAGUGACAGAUUUCCUUGCCUGAAAAAGGUACCUCUUUUGGGCGGAGCCUCCCCAAGUAGGCCAUGAAAGGGAGUUUACCCCCAAACUCCCUGCCCCUACCCCCCCAAACACCACCACCAGUGGAAUCUUUUCACUCCCAGUCAAAUCAGUGCAUAACAAAAUGUUAAGGUGCUUUAUAACCAAAAUUGCAUUAUUUUCUUAUUUUUUAUUUUUCAUUGAUCAGCAAAAUGGAAUCCCACUUCCAGUGACUCCUAAGAAGCCAUGGAGUAUUGAUGCCAAUUUAAUGCAUAUCAGGUGUGGUGAUUUGACCCUUGCCCCAAUAUCCACAUACAAAUUCUCCAAACUGAACAUUAUCUCUCAAUAUUUCUUAUAGAACAGUACAUUUGCUUAAUGACGUCAUUUUACUACAACUACCAGAAUGCUUCAGUUUGUUCUUUCCUUGUGCAAAUCAGGGCUAUUGUUUUUUAAUUCUCCAUGGGAUUGACAAAUUCAAAUAAGAAAGCAAAAAGGAACUGAAUUCUGACUGAUAGUUGUAGUCAAAUGUUGUCAUCCUUGUGGAGAGAAUUUGUUAAAAGAUCAAAGCACUAGCUUUCACUUCAUCCUAAUAAUUCUUAUAAUCGUUUCUUUUGAGUAUGUAUUGAUAAUUUCAGGAGAAAAUUGAUGUUGGUCACUCUCGGGACUUAAAGGGUAAAAGUAGCAUUUUUAAAGUUUUAAGUAACAGUGUAGUGCUGCAGUCAGAUUCAUCAAUAAUAUUUUCUCCUCCAUCAAACCAACUUAAGGCAGUGUACCUAUUAAAAUUAAGGUCAAAUCUGAUAGUCUUUUAAACUCUAUAAAUAAUUAAUUAAGUAAUGUUGAAUAGUGGUGUAACGAUUAAUCGAAUUCUCGAUUAAUCGCAAUUAUGACUGUUCAGUAAGAUUCACGACUCUUUGCUUCCACCUUUGGAUUUUGCUUCAAUUUUUGCACACCUUUUCCAGGGUGCCCUCAGUGAGUUAUUAUAUUGUAAAAUCAGAAUCCAGAACUCUUUAAAAUGUGCGUUUUUGAUUGACGAGCAAAGACAAUAGCAGUUCAUGUGCCAUUUUGUAUUGCCUGGUAAAAAUGCUGUCCUUCAAUCACCCCUUGAGAAUUAGGGAGAUUGGGAUAGGGUGGUGAUGAAAAAAUACAGAGGGGUUCAAGACCAAAAGGAUACAUGUAUUGCUUGCAAGAAAUUAAUUUCCAGCUGGGUGACAAUAUUGAGAACUUUGCAAAUGUCUGUGAGAACUGGCCAUGGUAUAAAGUACUGGUAUAAGGAUUUUUCAUGGCUAUUAAAGUGCCUUAAUAUUUUGAUAAAAAUAAUUGGAAUGAGUAUUCAAUCAAUCAUUGAACUGCACAGCAAUCCUGAUUUCCUUGUAGACACCUCUAUUAUACUCUGUCACCAGAAAUUCUCUUGGUUCCAAACUAAAGACACCAAAUUUCAUGCAAUAAUCCCCACCUUUAAAAUAUAGUGAGACACCUCAGUCUGAUAUGUGGACACUGGUCUCUGACUCCCUUUUAUGUAUGUUUUAGGAGGUAAAUGACUGUACAAGCUUUUGUUAAAAGAGUACGUUAUAAUUGUUUUUAUUUCAGUUAUGAAUCUGGGAUACUUGAAAAUCCUAAGGUCAGUUCUAACUAUUACGUGUUUACCUUAUUUUCAAGGAAAAGUCUGAUUGCAAAGUUGUAAGCUGAAUUUGUUCAACUAGUUUACCCGUAGUUCAAUACAUAAUGUAGUGAUGUGAAGGCCCCCUCUGUCAAUCUUUCAAUAAUUGCAGAAGGUUGGCGGAUGGCAAAGAGGGGAAAUGCUGUUGUUAUGUGUCCAUGCAUGUUUAAGUGAAAACUGCAGCCCACUAGUUCUUGAAGCUAAUAGCAUGGAACAUAUCUCAUUCUAAAAUAGUCCAGUUUUGAAUUUGUCGUGGCUGCUGAAUAAAAGCACCGAAGACUCAUUUGUACAGGGUUGGCCUAGACCUAAAGUAAAAUAUUUACAAAUACCGGUGAGAAGGUGCCUGAAUUUGAGUUUAAAACAAUAGACACAGUUGUACACAGGUCUUCUCCUGACUGGAAUUUGUGAAUAUAUUUACCUUAGGUCGAGGCUAUAAACCCUGUAUAAAUGAGUCUUCAGUGCUUCUAUUCAGUGGCUGCAACGGAUUCAAAACUGGGCUAUUGUUGAUCUACAUUUAUUUUAUAACAUUUAUUACAGUGUACAUGGGCUGCCUCAUAAUAAUGGUCAGACCCAUGGAAAUAGGAAUACACUGUCGGUUAAAUAACAAUGUUGAUAUAUUUUGUGUUAAUAACAGACCAUGGCUCCAGAUGACCUCUACUGCAUGACCACUGAUCCUAAAUCGUCCCCUGAUGAGGUAGAUUUUUGUCAUUAACUGUUAUAAAUAUAAAUGAAUAAUAAAUAAAUAAACAACGAUGGCACAUCCACUUAAUGGCUCUCUGUGUACCAUUCCUGGUUGAAAUUGAAAUUUGGAAAUGUUGGUUUUUGAGGAAAGGGGAAUACCGGAGCCCAUAGCGAAAAAAUCGCUAGGGGCAAGGGAGAGAGCUAAGAACAUACUCAACCCACAUAUGUGCAGACAGUGCUGGGACUUGGUAGACUAUUUGGGAGAAAUGUUCUAGUAAAAAUGAUUAAUUUUCUUACAGGUAAAUGUAUCUAAAAAAACAAAACAACAGUUUAGUCUACAGCAUAGACCUUUAAAAGAAUUAAUAACUUUUUCAUGUUAAUGAAACAUAUUUCUUUUAUCAUUUUAACUUUAGCCAGAGCAACUCGAGAUUGAAUUCAAGAAAGGUGAGCAUCAAAACUAAGUCUGAUUCUAAAUUGCCAACCAUUUCAAAGUAACAUUAGAGUACCGCUUCUAAAAUUCGCUCUAAACAAGCACCCCAUGGUGCACCCCACUUGUCAGAAUUCAACUGCUUAUCAUGUGUUUUGGGUAUACCGCCGCUUGGUUAGCUCAGUUGGGAUAGCACUGGUCUGCUGAGCAGGAAGUCACAGGUUUUGCGUUUAAACCCUGGCUUUGUCGUCUUAAAAUAACUAAAAAGAAAGUUCUGCAUUUGACUUAGACUAGACUUUCUAGUCUUCUCAGAUAAGGAUGAAAAACCAUAGGUCCCAUACCCGUCUCACAGCACUUACACUUAUCUGUUCUUGUGAGACGUAAAAGAACCCACACCACUGUUCAAAAACAGUAGGGGACAUAGAUCCCAGUGAUGUGGCCAACCUUUCCUGGGCUGAGUGGGUUAUCUGUUAGGAGAUGUCUUAAUCAUGAUAGGGAUAACCUCAAUAUCCUCCUUCGGGUGUCAUAAUGGCUACGUGUAAACAGUGUACUAUGUAUGUAGUUUUAACAUCACUUAUAUCCUGAUUGGUGGUUUGAUUUUUGUCUCAGGUGAGCCAAUCAAAGUUCAAAAUCUCAAAGAUGGCACUGUUCGUGACAAGCCACUGGAUAUUUACCUUUAUCUGAACAAGAUGGGGUUAGUUUAAUUUUAUUUAUUAUUCUUUAAAGGAAAAAGAUGCGUUCUCGCAAAUUAAGACUAAAUUAAAACAACUAAAAACGACAAUGAUUUUUUUGACAUCGCAGAGGUUUCAGGUUGUUCUGGAGGCUAAAAAUGGAAACGCUUUCAGUGGAGAAAUUUCCUUGGAGAAAAUGUAUUUUAAUCUCGUACACUAAAAAACGCAAGUUAGAGUUUUUUUUUUAAUGACUUGUUACUUUUUUGCGUCCAUUUUAGUGGUGCCCAUGGUGUUGGAAGAAUUGAUAUUGUGGAAAACAGAUAUGUUGGCAUGAAAUCCAGAGGUAAACUGAUGAGUGGCCCAACACCUUCUUUCCCUUCUUGUUUCAGAAUAGCUAAGAACGAAUUAUCGGUUCUUAUUUUCUAUUAGUGGCUUAGAAAAUCUUCAUUAGUCUCCCUCAAUUACCCAAUUUACACUUUUUCCUCCGCAGAGGCGUCUUUGUGUUGUAGGGAGGCUGGGGAAAGGGAAGAAAGAAGGCGCACGGGGAUUCCGCGGGGACCGCCUUUUCCCUCUCCCCAUCAUCCCCAGCGCGCUUGCUAUUUUUCGAUUACUGUUAUUUUUAUUGGGAUACCAAGCGAGAGCCUCCGCGGAGGAGAGAACAAUUUACAUAAGAUGAAGGUGGAAAAACUACAAAUUCACAAUGAACGUUUCUCCUUGAGUUAUUUGUCGCAUUUAGUUGUUCGAUGGAAAGGUUGGGCUCAUUGACUUUAUCGUCUCAGUUGUGACGUUUCAAGAUGCUCUUGCGUAGAAAAUUUAAUCGUGUUACAAUAACAUUUACAAAGACGUACUUUGUUUGUUUUUUUUUCCACAGGGCACCCAGACUCACAACAGCCCACUGAAAGCCAAAUUAUAGAGAUUUGUAUGGGAAUUUAUCGUAAGAUCGAUAAAACGGUCAAAACGCACUAGUAGGUUCGUUUUAUCGAUCUUAUGAUAAAUUCCCAUACAAAUCUUUAUAAUUUGGCUUCCAGUGGGCUGUUGUGAGUCUGGGCGCCCAGUGGUUUUUUUCUGCAGUACGCUAAGUCGAUCUCAGAGUCCUAAAAAAAGACAUCAGCUAUAGUUACUACUGAUCAUUUCACGUUUCUGGGAAACUGCCCACGUACCCCUCCCCUAAGCUAACAUUAACACUUCUCACUUAGGCAAAAUGUUGGCCUAGGGAUGGGUAGGUGGGCAGUUUCAAAUUUGUCUGUAUUUUUUAAGGAAUCUACGAGUGCCCCGCGGGGACCAUUUUGAGAGCUGCGCACCUUGACAUUGAGACGUUCACCAUGGACAGAGUAAGUGGUUAAAUAUUAGCGUUUAAAUGUUUUGUCCAAACGUUAAACGAAUGCUAAUUUUGUCGAAAACCGGAUACUUAAAGCGCGUGAACGUUAUGUCUAAAACGCUGAUUAAUGGACACAGGUUUCUAGAAAACUGAUGAGGUAAGGUUUAAACGCUUUUUGCUAAUGAUACGUUCUUUAAGUGAACGGGUGUUUUUUUCUUUUAAUAGUCUUUUCUCCAUCUGUGAUAGUUCGUGGUUACAAACGUCGUGGAAAAACCAUUUUCCCGCGAAAUGUCCUCUGCGUUCCAAUGCAAUAGACUUCAAGUUUUUCUUCCCGCUGUGCUCGCGGCGUACGUUGCUUCUUUUACGCGGGAAUUUGAGUAGCUACUCUGUGAUUGGUUGUUUUAUUACGGGACUCAAAAACUCGAGACAAACAACCCCGUAGUUCUCAUGGCUGCUUAUUUUGCCGUUACAUUUUAUGGCUUUUCCAUUGUUGUAUGCCGAGGAUGUUAUUUCUCGGGAGAAGCGGCCACAGUCGUAGUUUUAUAGGGUCUUAUCCCGCCGUAAAAUGCCCAAUGUAACGGCAGCCAUUUGUUUGCUCAUCUGUGACAGGAAGUGCGGAAAAUCAAGCAGACUCUAGCCGGGAAGUUUGCUGAUCAAGUGUACUGCGGAUAUUGGUACAGCCCUGAGGCAGACUAUGUGCGAUUCUGUUUGGAGAAAAGCCAGGAAAACGUGGAAGGAAAAGUCACCCUUAACCUUUUCAAAGGACACGUAUGUUACUGUUGCAACUGUUUCACACCUUCUCCUCCCUUCCCAGAUACUUUCGGGUUCUUGUUAAGUUCAAGGGAGUAAUUUUUUUUUACUCAGCUUUCCCUUCCCCUUAUUGAGAAAGGAUAUAUCAGGAGUAGCAAUGUUUCUCGCUCCCCAUUUUCAGCCUUAACAUUUCAAAUCGUCACUGUUAAAACGACUGUACGAUUGCUUAUUUAUCAUUAGGUUAUAAAGACAGUUUUUUCACUUUUAUCGUGAACGUUAAAACUCUCCUUUUAAAAAAACGGUGUAAUUAAAUGGUGGGAAACACGUGACAGGUGGCUAUCCAGCCUACCGUUUCAGUGUUUUGUUUGCAGUAAACGUCAAUCUUUCUCCCAAUUGCUUCCCCACACCCUACCCCUGCGUUCUCGCUCUCUCAUACUGUUUGUAAUAAUAGUCAUGCAAAACAUCGAGAUUGUUGCUGUGAUCAUUUGUCUUUCCUUCGCAGGUUUACAUAAAAAGCCGUGAGUCGAAGGCCUCUCUUUACAAUGAGGAAUUAGUGAGGUAUUCUUACAGCCUCUUCUUGUAGUUUCCUAUAUCAUUGUAGAACGUACCAAAACGGUUGCCUAAGUCCCUGUACGGCGCCUUCUCGGUCAAUGCAUUUCGGUGAUGUAUGCGAGACGAACGGCCGGACCACGUGACCCGAAACGCAUAGACCGCGGGGAAUUAUGUGGCCUAGAGCAACCAAAACGGUAAAACCUCAACACUAAAUGAAGCAGUAACACAAAAUUUACCUUUCGUUUCACUUGUCUUUAUUUAUUUUCAAACAGCAUGGAUACCCUUGUUGGCUACAACCCUCAAGAUGCAGCUGGCUUCAUAAAAAUCAGUUCUCUGAGGUAACUAACAUGUUUUCUUGCGACAGCUUGAUCUCAAUUUUUUUUGGGCUAUACUUUCCCAAAAUGAUAAUCAAACUCACAAUUGCCACAGGGCGCUCAAUUAAUGUACUCAAAACUCCUGAACUUUACCCUGUGUCGUUAAGGUGCGUGAGCUUCUAUAUGCAGCCGUUGUUUGUGACGGCACGUAACGCUUCACUUCUUGAGACUGUAACAUCAAAAGCGUCGUUUUGUGCCUCGUUAAAAUUGAAAUCUAAUUUAUGCACAUUUUGAAAGAGAGAAAAGGAAACAAUCCCCAUUACACUGCCCCUUGUACCUUUAGGCCUCUAACUGAAAAUGUGAACCUUUGUAUCCUAGGUUACGGGAACACAGCCGUUUGAGGAAGGCGUUGGAUAAAGCAAGUGAAUAAAUUUUGCUCAAAACAUGACUCUAUUCAAUGUGUGAAGUUUGUGAGGUGAAUACUUCUCGAGUUAUUUUAUGGACAAAAAA